AUUAAGGAUCGAAAACCGCUUAAUCUUUUGAUAGCGGACUCCAUUGAUUCUGUCUCUUUCACUUUUUCGGGUCGAAGUUUCAAUUUUUCCGAUUCUCCCAUCGCUCUGCGUCUGAGAUUAGAUUUUGUCUUGAGACCCAGAAGAUAUGACAACGGCAGCUAGACCUACGUGGGCACCUGCUAAAGGUGGCAAUGAACAAGGUGGAACCCGGAUAUUUGGUCCAUCUCAAAAAUACUCUUCAAGAGACAUUGCAGCUCACACAACAUUAAAGCCCAGAAAGGAAGGACAAGACACCCAGGAUGAGUUGCAGAAGAGGAACCUCCGGGAUGAGUUGGAGGACCGUGAGCGGAGGCAUUUCUCUAAAGACAAGAGUUAUAAUGAUGACAGAGAUCGUCGAAAAGGUAGUCAACUCUUUGUGGAAGGGGCUAAACGAGAGAUUGAAGAUCGUAUUGUUCCGCGGAGUGCUGAUGCUGAUGAUGCCGAUGUGGAUGUUAAGAGUGGUGAUGAGAGUGAUGACGACGAUGAUGAUGACGAUGAUGAAGAUGAUACAGAAGCUCUCUUGGCAGAGCUUGAACAGAUAAAGAAAGAAAAAGCAGAGGAAAAACUUCGGAAAGAAAGGCUAGAGCAAGAGGAAGAGCUUAAAGCAAAGGAGGCGGAAUUAUUGAGAGGAAACCCUCUGUUAAACAACAACCAGCCAACAACUUUCAGUGUGAAGCGAAGGUGGGAUGAUGAUGUAGUUUUCAAGAACCAAGCUCGAGGUGAAAUGAAGGCAGCUAAGCGCUUCAUCAAUGACACUAUCCGGAAUGACUUUCACAGAAAGUUUCUUCAUAAAUACAUGAAGUGAAACAUGUCUUUGAAAAAUGCUCCUAGAGUUGGCAAAUAUUAUAAUGUCCAUCCAUGCUUACCAUGCAGUGUACCUUCAACUUAAUCGAAGCAAAUUGAACUGUUUUGUUUUGCUAUUGUAGUGUGUGUGUAAACCAAAACACUAAAUCAUUCUCAAUUUUUAUGAUACUAUACGUUUUAUGAUGUUGAAUAUACAUUUGCUGUGAUUAAACCAAA